AUGCAUGCUACUUCUAAUCAGCUAAACUUGCCUUCGAUUGUUGCAAGAUAUUUAAAUUUUGCUCUUACUCAAGAUGAAAAAGAUGGUGGGAAUUUAGUCAGCCAGUCUGUUCUUGAUGAGGCUAAUAACUUGGUAGAUACUAAUGAUGACUGUCUGCUAUUCGCUAGAGCUGAGGCUAAGCAUAUAGCAAACAUCAUUGAUCAAUUCAACAAAUUUUCAGUUCAAUCUGUUAACUUUGAUAAGUCUGGUCUUGCUUUUAGCCCUAAGGUUCCUAAUCCUAUAAAAAGUGAUAUUUCUAAUAUCUUUCAUAUUAAAAAAAUGGCUUUGCAGGAUAAAUAUCUAGGAGUCCGUCUUCUGUUGCAGAAAAAUAAAUUUGAGUCUUUCUCUCCUCUAAUGGAUAGGUUUAGUGACAUGCUUGCCAUCUGGAAAUCUAAAUUCAUAGCUCAACCAGGUAAGACAACUUUAAAUCAGUCUGUUUUAGGGAAAAUUGCUAGUCACCAUAUGGAUGUCUUCCCCAUGCCUAGAAAAAUCACUGAUAAAAUGGAUGAAAUCCAGAGAAAUUUAUGGUGGAAUAAAAAGAAUGGUGAAAAGGGCACUUAUGCCAGAAAAAAAUGGACCCAUGUAGCUUACCCUAAAGACCUGGAAGGUUUAAAUAUAAAUAAAUCUGCUAUUUUAAACAAAUCCCUUUUAUCUAAGCUUGCUUGGAGGAUGCUAGAUGAUCCUGAUGCUCCUUGUGCAGUUCUCCUAAAACAUAAAUACUUCAAUGGUGAUGAGAACAACAUUUAUAUUUACAAAGAUAAUUGGAUUCUUUAUAUGUCUGGUCCUCCUAAAUCCAACUUUAUGUCUACUAAUAUCAAUAAAGUCUCUCACUUGAUAGAUGAUAUUACUCGUACUUGGAAAACUGACAUUCUUGAAGCUUUGUUUGAUAGGGACACAAUCAAAGAUAUUCAAUACAUUAGAAUCCCUAUCUCUGCUGCUGCAAGGUGCAGUGUUGUGUUUGACAGUUUGCAGGUGAAUGCUGAUGAGAUUAUUAUGAACAUAAAAAAUCAUAUUACUGAUUGGUCAAGAAUUCAGGGUGCUUCUACACCAAACAGAAGAGAAAUUACAGUUCCAUCAGUUUUGAAACACUGGAAAAGACCGGUACAUGAUGAUACCGAAAUUAAUUUUGAUGCAGCAUUCUGCAACUACACGAAAGUUGCUGGCUUAGGUCUAAUCAGUCGUGAUUUUGCAGGUAGAAGCAAUGGAGCUAGGGGACAUUGUACAAGUGCCUUAGAUCCUGAACAUGCAGAAGCAUUGGCAGGCGAUUAA